CCAGGUAGAGGGGACGGCCGCUGGAAGGCUGUGGCAAUAGCGUGGGAGCUGUGGAGACAGCGGGUGUAUGUAUGAUGAUGAGAGCAUGCUGAUGUGGCAUUUUGGCUGAGGUGGCACUGGAUCGCGUCGUGGGUGGCACCGAAGCUUCGACCGGUCAUCGACAUGCACGUCGGCUCAAUUGGUGAGAAAUCUGUGGUUGGGGGCAGCUAUGUCCAGGUGUCUUCCCAUAGACAUCAAGAACUAUUAGCCAACGAAGCUCGACUAGAGUAUCACACUUUUGAGACCUUUAGCAAGAAGGCUUUAGAUCUAGAAGCCAUGCUAGGAGGUGCUCGACAACUUCUUACGGAUGGAAGAAAGAAGAAAAGGCAACAAGAAUGGAAGAAGAAAGGGAGUCGGUUGAUCAUGGUCGAGGCCGAUGGCACUCAGAUCGAGAUCGAGGAUUUCUACGACCUUGUGGACGGAAUAGAGAUGGACGACGAGGAAGAUGUUGAGGGUAGCAACCUCGCUGCUGUAGUAAAAGGAAAGGCAGGUGGCCGCGGCAAGGAAGGUCAACAUAGGAGUCAAGGGCAAACCCUCAACCCGAACAAGAUAGCGGUUUGGGUUCGAGCGGGUUUGGAUCAAGAGGUGUGGCGGGACUGUUAUUCGCGGGGUGCUUGCAUCAACUGCGACGAGUAUGGCCAUCAUCAGUUCAAAUGCAAGAACGCGAAAGUACCGCAAAAGAUACCACCUAAGGGUGGGAUUCCCUUCUCCCAAGGUGGGGCCUCUAUGAGCUCUAGCUCUACUAUCGCAUCUCCCUUGACUGAUCUAACACGCCUUGACACGCCAUGGGAAUGGACAUAUGCAUGUGAGGCUGCUUUCAAAAGAUUGAAGCAUGCCCUUACACAUCAUGAGGUUCUCAUGGUUCCCGAUCCUCAAAGGUCAUUCAUAAUGACCACUGACGAAAGCCAAUAUGGCAUUGGCGCAGUGUUGGCUCAGCAGGAAGGGAAAAACUUAAGGCCGAUCGAGUACACGAUUAAGAAGAUGCCAUCCAAGAAAUUGGCGAAGUCCACCUAUGAAAGGGAACCCUACGCCCUCUACAAGGCAUUUGUUCACUGGAGGCACUAUCUGUUGGGACGGUUCUUCUACUUGAGGACUGACCAUCAAACACUCAAGUGGAUUGAGACACAACCAGUUCUCUCUGACGCACUCGAACAAUGGAUUGAAGUCAUAAAUCAGUAUCACGUCAAACUAGACUAUAUGAAAGAGGAGUACAACAAGGUUGUUGAUGCGUUGUCACAUAGAGCAAACUACCUAGGUGCGCUGAUUACUGAGUUUGGCUUAUCUGGCGAUGUUACUCGAUCUUUGGUGGAAGCCUAUAAGGAAGACCCUGUCACGAUGGAUGUCAUUCGCAAACUCGAGGCCAGGGCAAGGCCACAUCUGAAGAGUUGUGAUGGUGGACGGGUUACUCUUUCUCGAAAAGGCAGGGUUCAAAAGACUGUCGAGCACAUCAAGAAAUCUCAGGAAGCAAUGAUUGCUUCUGAGAAUAAGCAUCGCCGACAUUCCAUAUUUCAAGUAGGGGAACGUGUCUGGGUCGAGGCUAGUGAGUUGGGACAGGAGUUUGGCAUAUCUAGAAAACUAAUGCCUCAGUAUUUCGAUCCCUGGGAAGUCUUGGAUAUUGUGGGUAGCGAUUUGGAUGGUCCCUCGUACGUAAUACGUAUCCCUGAUCACCUACGCACUUACCCUGUGUUUCACGCCUCAAAGCUUGCACCUUUCGCUGAAAUCGUACAGUUCCCAUCAAGGAGAUCUAUGCUGCCCCUAACCAUGGAUGGUCACAUGGACGUCGACGAUAUCCUGGAGCACAGAGAUAUGCCUGUUCCCAAGCCAGUUGGCAGGGGUAGACCGCCUAAACCUGUGAGAGAGUAUAGAGUACGGUUCAGGCAUCAUAUUGAUCCCAAGGAAGAUCGAUGGUUUACAAGGGAGGAACUUGUCAAGACAGCUCCUCAAAUUGUGGCAGAGUAUGACAAGAAAUUGAAGGCGAAGGCACCAGCAUGAAGCAUCUCAGCGGACUUUCGAAG